AAAUAUUGACUUUUACACUUCUGUAUAUCUUGUGUUGACAAGUCAAAGCUGAAAAGACAUUUUUCAUAAAAUACUCUAGCCAACAGACUUGAUUUCUUACAUGAUAUCAUUGAACUACUUUUUUUGUUUAGCAAAUCAUGCCCAGGUGAUGUAGUUGCAAAUUAUUGAGAAUUCUCCUUUUUCAGAAUUCUCAUUGUAAAUAAUAUAAAAUGGUUCUCGAUUUUGAUGUUAAAACAUUUUGUCAAAAUUUGAGAGCCACCAAGCCUCCUUAUGAAUGCCCAGUGAAAUCUUGUGGGAAGAUUUAUAAAAGUUUCCCAGGUAUUCAGUUUCAUUUGUAUAAUUAUGAUCAUGAUAAUCCUCCAAUCCAACAUUCACCAUCAUCCAAAAUCCGAAAGAAAAAAGGGAAAUGGCAUCCACGAUCCAAUCGCAGAUCACCUUCUCCAAUGCAGAUUUCAUCUAGUCCCAGAGAAAGUUUGCGCUAUAAUGAACCUCAAAAAGUUGUGGAGGUUGAUUUAAAUGGACAGGUACAUCAUUUAAACAUUGCUGAACCAAUAGAUUUUGUACUUCAUGAUGGAACUGAAAACCAGAAAAAAAACGAACCCAAGCAAGAGAAAGUAGAAGUCAAGCACACAAAAGCCAAGAUCACAAAAGCAAGCAAGCAUUCGGAUGCAUCUAAAAAGCAAAAAGAGAUACCAACUAGUAUUCCCAAGUUGCCAGAAGCUUCCUUUAGAAUUAUUGAAGAUUAUAAUGCUCCUGAUGCUCCUCCCAUGCCUACUGCUUAUUAUCGUUUCAUUGAAAAAUCAUUAGAGGAAUUAGAUGAAGAUGUUGAAUAUGAUAUGGAUGAAGAAGAUUGUGUGUGGCUUGAUAUUAUGAAUGAGAGACGUAGAAAGGAAGAUUUAUCAGAAGUAUCUCCAGAUACUUUUGAACUUUUAAUGGAUCGUUUAGAAAAAGAAUCUUACUUUCAAAGCCAGUCAACUGGUAAAGAUUUGGGCCCAUCCAUUGAUGAAGAUGCAGUGUGUUGUAUAUGCAACGAUGGCGAAUGCCAAAAUUCUAAUGCUAUUCUUUUCUGUGAUAUGUGCAACUUGGCUGUUCAUCAAGAAUGCUAUGGAGUUCCUUACAUUCCUGAAGGACAGUGGUUAUGUAGAAGAUGCCUACAAUCUCCUUCAAGAGCAGUUGACUGUGUUUUAUGUCCUAAUAAGGGUGGGGCAUUCAAGCAGACUGAUGAUGGUAGAUGGGCUCAUGUUGUUUGUGCAUUAUGGAUACCUGAAGUCUGCUUUGCAAAUACAGUUUUUUUAGAGCCAUUAGAUAGCAUUGAGAAUAUACCACCAGCACGAUGGAAACUAUCUUGUUACAUUUGUAAACAAAGAAGUGUUGGAGCAUGUAUUCAAUGUCAUAAAGCAAACUGUUAUACUGCCUUCCAUGUAACAUGUGCACAACAAGCUGGGCUUUACAUGCGAAUGGAGGCUGUAAGGGAAAAUAAUGCAAAUGGAACGUCAUACAAUGUUCGCAAGACUGCAUAUUGUGAUGUGCAUGCUCCUGCUGACAUGGAUAGCAAUCAGGAUGAGGAUAGUGGUAAAACUGAUACAUUUAAGAAAGCCAAAGCCAAGGCUAAAUCUCGAGAAAAGAUGAAAAAAGCCAGGAAAAUUUUGGCAGAAAAACGAACUGCUGUACCUAUUAUAUCGCUUCCAACAAUCCCACCGGAGAGAUUGACCAAAAUAUCAAGUAUGGUAUCUAUGCCUAAAAAACAAUCUUUUUUGGAUAGAUUAUUAAGUUAUUGGAUAUUAAAACGCCAAUCAAGAAAUGGAGUUCCCUUGUUAAGAAGGCUGCAGACAGCUCAGUCUUCUCGUCGUGAUCAUGACAUUGACAAAGAAUGUGCAUCUUUAGGAGAGCAGUUGCAGUAUUGGCAAAAAUUGCGUCAAGAUUUGGAAAGAGCAAGGUUGUUAGUUGAAUUAAUUCGUAAAAGAGAAAAACUUAAAAGAGAGUAUACCCGAGCUCAUCAGCUAGUUACUGAAAUGGAAAUACAGCCUCUGAUAGUUAAAUUGAGGAGUGUUAUUGAGCAGUUGCGUGAACGAGAUGUUGGUGAAAUUUUUGCUAAACCUGUGGAUUUGAAUGAAGUUCCAGAUUAUUUAGAGUACAUCAAACACCCUAUGGAUUUAUCAACAAUGUUGAAAAAAGUAGAGGCAUACAAAUAUAAAAGUUUUGAUGCUUUUGAGAGUGAUUUUAAUUUAAUGAUAAAAAAUUGUUUGUCUUACAAUUCAAAGGAUACAGUCUUUUAUAGAGCUGCUUUGAAGAUGAGAGAACAAGGAGGCUUUAUAUUACGAGAAGCUAGGAAAUUCAUUGCUGCAAAUUUUGAUUUUAAAACUGGUUUGUUUUUAGAUAAAGGCCCUAAAAUUGAAGAAGAUUCUAAAUCUAGUGAUGCAGAAGAUAAUAGAAAUGAGAAGCCGUCUUCUACACCAGAAAGACAAUUGGAAAGAAUUUUGCAUAAAUUAGAUGAAGCUCAUAAAAUGAAACUAGGUGUUUCUCGUACAAGAAGAAUUAAACGGCUACGAAUGGAAGCAAAUAUUUUGAGGAGAAAAAUAUCUAUAAGAGCUUCUUUACAUCGCAAAAGGAAACGUCUUGGAACAGAUUCACAAACAUUUUCAUCUGAAAUAAAAUCUGAACCAAAUGAUACAAGUUUGCUGAAUGCAAACGAAAGUUCUCACUCAACUGGUGGUAAAUCUAGAGUAAAACAAGAAGAUUCUCAAAUUGUACAAGAUUCUAAAGUUGAAAAAGAAUUUCAGAAAUCAAAAUCGCGUAUGGAUCAAGACAAAUCAAAAGAUGAAAUUAAUGUAUUUACUAGUUGUAGACGAAAAGGAAGAUUUAAAAAACUUGAUAAAUCUACUCAAAAAGCCAAAAAAGCUGAUGAUGUUCCUCGUAGUUUGACAAGAAAUAGAGCAAGAACUAAAGAAUCUCUUCAUGAAAUGGAGGAAAAAUCCGAAAAUAUAAAAACUGAAACACCGACAUCCGAUCUUCGUGGUAAAUUUAGAACAAGAGCAAAACGUAAGGAUUCUUUAAAUGAAGAAGAUGAUAGUGCCCCUCAUAACAAAGUUAAAAUCAAAGAAAAAGAUAAUACAACCAUAGAAAAGGACAAAAAGUUUCUUAGAACACCUUUACGAAGAGCUGCAAAAGAAGGAGUUCAUAAUAUGAUAUUUACUGAUACAGAUGAUGAUGAUAAGUGCUCAUCAGAUUUCCCACCUGUUUCUCCACAAAAAGCUAUCUUUUAUGGUCGAAACUUAAGAAAUCAUGGAACUGAUAGCACUGAUGAACAGGUUGAAUGUAGUCCUCGUGUUGGCAGACCUAGGAAGUGUCAGAAAGUGCCUCUAAAAUCUGUAAGUAAUAAACUUAAAAAUCUGUCACCUCCUCCACCAUCAUUAUCAAAACCUUUAAAGGGUUCCCCAGCAGCAUCUGAAUCAGUCUCAUCUCAAGAUUCUAAAAUACAAAAAAGCCCACCAUCAGCUUCUAUUUCACCUAAGUCUCUAAAAACUAGUUCACCUCCAAUUUUAAAACCUCAAAUUUCUAUCGGGCAUCAUGAUUCUGAUACAGAAAAAUCUCAAGCUGAGACUGAGAAAAGCCAAACUUCAGCUAUGAAAAAAUCUCAUAAACGUGAGGGCUCCCCUAAAACUUCUGUAAAUAUGAGGACACGUCGGUCAAUGGUGACUAGAAGAGAAAGUCUCAAGGAGGUCAGUUCAGAAGCCAGUGAACCUGAAACUGACAAGUCAUCAUCAGAAAUGAAGGAAAGAGAAACCAGAAGCAAAAGUGCUAGAGCACAGAGUCGAUCUCAGUCAGAAAAUGAUGUCCUUUCAACUUCUAGAAAAGGGCUUAGAAAGAAUCGAUCUACUAGUCUGACCACUGAAGGUGAAUCAAUGAAAAAGAAAACAUCAGCAUUAGGCAGUACAACUUCUGUUUGUCUUUCUCAGUUUUCUACCCCUUCUGUUCCUCAAACAGAUAGUUUUAAAGUCUACAGAUCUAAUAACCAAGACCAUGGCACAGAUUCAGAUGAUAAUAAUACUGAGUCUAGUAGUAUUUCAACAAAAAGUACUAGUAGUUCGGGUUCUGAUGGAGAUUCAGAUACAGAUAGUGAUGGAGAAAGAUCUCAGUCUGGAUCGAAGAAGGACAAGAGUCUAAAUUCUUCUGUGGAAUUCAAUGCUGAAGAACAGCAGCAUCUCAUUGAGCUACAACCUUUAGAUCUGGUUUGGGCAAAAUGUCGAGGAUAUCCUUGGUAUCCAGCAUUAAUCAUAAGUCCAAAUAUGCCCAAUUCUGGGUACUUCCACAAUGGUGUGCCCAUUCCUGUUCCACCAGAAGAUGUUUUGGCACUAAAGUCUAAUUAUGAAGAAGAUGUAUAUUUAGUAUUAUUUUUCGAUACUAAAAGGACGUGGCAAUGGCUUCCUCGAAAUAAAUUGGAACCACUAGGUGUAGAUUCUAAGUUAGAUAAGGCACGACUUGUUGAAUCAAAAAAAGCUGCAGAGCGCAAGGCAGUGAAAAAGGCAUUUGAAAAUGCUAUACUUCACAGGUGCCGUGUGACUGGUGAGUCAACAAUUAUAUCUAAUGAAUCUGGUGAAGAAAGUUAAAACUGACAGAUUGACUUGUAAAGAACACUUUUCAUAUCAUAUUUUAAAUUUAUUUAUUUGAAAUAUAAUUUGUAUAAAAUGUAAAUUUGUAUAUUCUGUGUAGAAGACCUUAUGCCAAAAUUUUACUCCAAGUUUUGAAAUGAAGAAACUAUAUAAACAAAGUUAUUAAUGUACAGAUGAGAACAAAGCUUUUUUUUCCCCACUUCAUAACAUGCCACUUUCUUCAAUGACAAGUGAUUUAUUUUUUUUUCUUUUUCAAACCUGCUGUAGCAAUAUGAGAUCAUUAUCAUGUAAACUGAUAUUUGUAGCUGCAUUUUAUAACUUCAUAAGAAAACUCUUAAGUGCUGUUUUCUUUUAUAUGAGCCUACUUGUUCCCAUUUUACGAAAGACUAAAUAUUGGACAUCUUGAUCUGCAAAUAGAUUUUGCAUUUCUUUCUGCCAUUUUACAGUAGUUCUAAACAUGCCAUUGUGAGGAGAUGCACUGGCAUUGACUAUUUCUAAACAUGGACUUGCUGAAUCUCAGUGCUUGCUUAAGUUUGUGGAUAUCCUCCCAUGCACUGAAGAACUGAAGCAAGAAUUGGACGAAAUAAAGGAAGAAGCAGAAGCUUUGAUGGAAGUGCAGAAAGAAUUAAAAUGCAAAAUUGAUAAAGAAUUGGAUGUUGUGUGCAAGAAAAUAAUGGACUUGCAGAGCAGAAGUGGAUGCAAGACUGAACAAUCAAAAGCAGCUGCAACAGUGUUGAAAAGUCGUAUGGCGAACUUAGAAGUAAAAUGAGAACAACAAAAGUGAUUAAAAGUGCAGCUUAAAAAAAAAAAAAAUAUCUAUUCAUGUUGUUCUUGAGAGCAAAAUGGUACAUAUACUUUACUUAAAAGUUUUUUUUUUGUAUUUUAAAGCUUGUGUAUUUUGAAUUUUUUUCACAAUAAUAUUUAAUUUUAAAAGUUGCAAUAAUAUAAUUAUAUUUUGCAUACUUUUAUCGAUUGUAUGCUUUUAAUAUUUGGGUUAUGGAAGCACAUCUUUUAUAGAAACCAUAGGUUACAUCAAAAGACUGAUUGGUAUUUUUUUUAUCCAUUUUAUCAUGAUUAAAUAGCUUUAUACUAUAUUAAUGUAUUAUUUUUAAUAAUCGUAACUCUUCUAAACAUCAGUAAGUUGCUAGAUAAAUUAUGUAUGUUGUUGAUAUUAUUUAUUAUUAAAUUAUUAAUUUUUUUUUCUUAUCUCACCUAGACACCACAAAGCCUUAGCAUAAUUCAUAUUGAUAUUAGUUAUUAUUACCUGAUUAAAACUGUUUUUUAAAUUUUUAAUUGAAUACUCAUAGAUUUUUUUUAAAGAAAUAAUUGCACCAACCCUUUAAAUUAAGAAAUCAAAUUAAUAUAACAAAUAUAAUUAAUUGUGCAAUGCUCAUUAAAUGUGAAAGCUGCCAUAACAAAAAAGAAUUUUUUUACUUAAACAAAAGCUUUAUUUUUAAUUUUUAUAUAUAUAUAUAUAUAUAAAGCAAUUAUUUUAGAAAGCAUAAGUGACAUUAACAGUAUUUUCAUUGGUGUUUAAAAAAUUAAUGAUUUUUUUUUUGUGAAUAGUGUACAAUAUCUCUAUGUAACUUAAUUUUCUUGUAUUGGAUUCUAAAAUUUUGUUAUUGUAAGAAGUCUAACCAUAUACUGUACAAAAGUGUUGACAGACAUUCCUAUUUAAUAAACUUUCAAAUGCAAUAAAUAUUAUAAUUCGCUUUUAAAAAUUGUAUAUGAUUUUGACUGCUGAGAUAUUAAAUGAAUUCUAAUAAUGUAUACUUGUUAUUUAUUCAAAAAUUUGUGAGAGGGCGAUGAGUUCUGAAAUAUUAAUCUUUUCAUUUGUGUUUAUAUAAUCACAAACAGUUGCUUGUAUGAGCAUUGUUAUUUCUUGAAUAAUUGUAUAUGCACUUUGGAAGCAGCAUAUUACUUUUUAAAAAAUUAAGUAUAUGAUUUUUGUAAAUACACCAUAUAGAGAUUUUAAGUAUAUUUCUUGCAAAUAACAUGGAUAAUUUUUUUUUUCAAAUAUAAAAGCUGCAAAACUUAUUAUUAUUAUUUCUCUAUUAUUUGCCUUUGCUCCCUGCCCAUUUUUUCAAUAUAAAAUAUAAAUUAUUAUUACAUUACAGACUAAUUUACUUCAUUUUUUGCACAAAAUUUUUAAGUUUCAAUUUUUUUCUAGAAAAUAAAUUAUUCAUUUUUUGAAUUCUAUUUUUCAAUUGUAAUUGCAUUUAUCUUUUGUAAAUUUAAUUUGAGUUUCAUCUAAAAGUUUUUUUUAUGAAUAAAAUGUAUAUUGGUUUAUUGUUUUUUUAAGUUUUAGGAUAAUCGUGCAAUAUCUUUAAAAAAAUUUGUUUAAUUUCAUAAGUGAACAUAAAUUAAAAUUGAAUUAUUCUUUUGUUAAAAUUAUCCAAACCUUUGUUUUUAAAUAUUGCAUAUGUCUACUGCCUUCAUUAAAACAUAGUAUGAAAAUGUUGUCUGUACGGUGAAAAAUAGUAACCGUUGUAUUCAUAAAUUUUUGUAGUGUGCUAUGCAUAUAUUAAAUUUGAGCAAAUGACAUUUGUAGAAUAAAUUUUAUUCACAUA